GAAGGUUAUCGGCUGAACACAGACGCGAGAGCAAAUAACGUUACAUUUCGCCCGUGAUAAUGGCGUUUGUUUUUUAUUUUGCCAACAGUUCAGUGAGGUAUAUCUCCACUUAAGAAGAAAAUACAGUCUUGGAGAAUCCCAUCAAAAACUAGCUAACUAAUGUUAAAAUAAAAAAAUAAAAAAAAAUAAUAAUAAUAAAAAGCAAGUUGCCCUUGAAGAGCUAACAACGUUAGCCAUUUUCUUUGUUAAUUGGCUGGCUAGCGAGCUGAAACGUGUACCGAGCUACAUGUCAAUUCUCUCUUUGUUUACAAGCCUGCUAACUAACUAUUGAUGUAACUAGGUAACAAGAGAACGAACGGCAACGACCAAUGAGUUACGAGGUGAUUGUGCAGGUCAGGCGUUACUACGCAACGCCGGGUAGCAACUAAACUGACCUAGCUAAGCUAAACUCAACUCCUAUUCAAUAUCUUUAGACUUUUUAUUUUUUGUUGUUGUUGUUUUUGAUUUUUAAUGAUGCAGAAAUCUGACUACCCAACUUAUUUUGUAAUAAUAUAAAAGAGCGGUGUGUCUAGACGCCCUGUAUAUCGUUUUUUCUGACCGGGGUCGUAUGAACAUCCCUGGUCUGUGUGCUGCAAGGAGCAGCUGUUGAGGAGUUUCCCGGAUAAAUCCUCAUUAAUCACGUCCAUCUGUGGAACUAAUUGUCUCUAUUUUCCACUUGAGACAAGUCUGAUUGAAGAACAAGAACAUCUACAGACAAACCCGUGUUCGUCUCCAGGCGGUUGUCAUGCACCUGUAAUCCGCUUCCUGUCAGCCAGACAGCCGGGCCCAGCCACCCAGACCCAGCCACAGCGCUCCGGUCCAGUGGGUCGCCAUGGAGCCCAGUAAUGAUGUAGCGUUGGAUAUCAUUAUCACCAACGUGGUGGCUGUAUUCAGGACACGCUGCCACCUCAACCUGCGCACCAUCGCUCUGGAGGGGGUCAACGUAAUCUAUAAACCUGAAUAUGGGAAAGUCCUGAUGAAACUCCGCAAACCCAGGAUCACCGCUUCCAUCUGGUCUUCAGGGAAAAUCAUCUGUACGGGCGCUACCAGCGAGGAUGAGGCUAAGCAGGGAGCCCGGAGGUUAGCCCGCACCCUGCAGAAACUGGGCUUCAAGGUGAGGUUCUCAGAGUUCAAGGUGGUGAAUGUCCUGGCAGUGUGCUCCAUGCCCUUCGCCAUCCGACUCAUCGACUUCACCAAGAACAACCGGCCCAUCGCCAGCUAUGAGCCAGAGCUCCACCCCGCUGCCACCUACAGGAUCAAAACCCUCAAGGCCACCGUCCAGGUCUUCUCUACCGGCAGCCUUACCAUCACAGGACCAAAUGUUCAGGCUGUAGCCACGGCUGUAGAGCACAUCUACCCCAUGCUGUUAGAGUGUCAGAAACCCCUCCGCAAAUAACACACACGGAAAAACAGCAACGGAAUGGAGAGAGAAAGACCGAGGCUGAAAAGCACCUCAUCCAUUGGAUGCAUUGUACUAUCCUCAACUUGUCUGCCCCGGCAACAGUCUGGGCCUUUGUCCUGAUUGGCUGGAUUUGUCCAGGGAGUCAGAAAGGCAGCUUCCGUCCUCCUGCUGUCCAAUGACCUGUUGUCUUGGUGACAGCUACGCCCUCUGAACUUUGACCUCUACAGGAUGACCUCUACAGUAUGACCUCUAACCUUUCACCUUUAGCAGCCAGCCAGCCAAUGAUGGCUGCUCCAGUGACUGAUUCACACUAGAAGGGGCGGGACUCUCCAAGCCAACCAUGAUUCCUUAUUAUUUUAGAUUUGAUGAUAUCACAGGUUGUGUUCCAAAUGGCAGCCUAUUCCCUAUAUAGUGUACUACUUUCAUGGGUCCUGGUCUAAGGUAGUGCACUAUGUAGGGAAUAGGGCCCUGGUCUAAAGUAAUGCACUAUGUAGGGAAUAGGG